AUGGCGGGGGCUGUGGAGUUGAUGCUGCUGAAGUCCCUGGGGCUGAGUAAAGGGAACAAGUGCAGCGCUCAGGGCGAGCGCCAGAUUCCAGUUCUUCAAACAAACAGCGGUCCAUGUCUAACAGGAUUGGCUACUAUAGCAGCUCAUCUAGUCAAAGAAGCCAACAAAGAAUAUUUGCUUGGGAGCACUGCAGAAGAAAAAGCAAUGGUUCAACAAUGGUUAGAAUACAGAGUAACUCGAGUAGAUGGAAACUCCAAAAAAGAUGAUAUCCGCAUUCUGUUGAAGGAUCUUAAUUCAUGUCUUGAAGUUAAAGUCUAUCUUAGAGGAUAUAACUUUACCUUAGCAGAUAUUGUUUUAUACUCUGGACUCCAUUGCUUCAUAGUUGACCUGACAGUUCAAGAAAAGAAACAUCUAAAUGUGUCUCGCUGGUUUUGUCACAUUCAGCAUUAUCCAGGCAUCAGGCAACAUCUGUCUAGUGUUGUCUUCAUCAAGAACAGACUGUAUACAAAUUCCCACUAG